ACUCUACUAGGCCACACUCAUUUUAGCCAGUGCCCAGGCUAUCAGCAGAGAAAAGACAGGUGGGUAGCAUGGCUCCAGGCGAAAAGGAAAGGGAGGAGGGCCCAGCCAAGAGCGCCCUCCGGAAGAUACGCACAGCCACCCUGGUCAUCAACUUGGCCCGAGGUUGGCAGCAGUGGGCGAAUGAGAACAGCACCAGGCAGGCCCAGGAGCCUUCAGGCUGGCUGCCGGGAGGGAUCCAGGACCCACCCCAAGCUCCUAAACCAAUCACAUGCCCUACUCCACACCGGAAAGCUCAGAGUGUCCCAAAGUCGCCACCCCAAACGCCAGAAGGACAUGGAGAUGGACAAAGCUCAGAGAAAGCCCCUGAGGUUUCUCACAUCAAAAAGAAAGAGGUGACCAAAACAGUGGUCAGCAAGGCUUAUGAGAGAGGAGGGGACGUGAGCCACCUCAGCCACAGGUACGAGCGGGAUGCUGGUGUGCCUGAACCAGAGAAUGACAUUGACAGAAUCCUCCACAGCCACGACUCCCCAACACGGAGGAGAAAGUGUGCCAACCUGGUGUCUGAGCUGACCAAAGGCUGGAGAGUGAUGGAACAGGAGGAGCCCACAGGGAGGAGUGACAGCAUAGACACAGAGGACAGCGGCUAUGGAGGAGAGACCGAGGAGAGGCCGGAGCAGGACGGAGUACAGGUGGCCGUAGCUAGAAUCAAGCGCCCCUUGCCCUCCCAGGUAAAUAGAUUUACAGAGAAACUCAACUGCAAAGCCCAACAGAAAUACAGCCAAGUGGGCAACUUGAAAGGGAAAUGGCAGCAGUGGGCUGAUGAACACAUACAAUCCCAGAAGCUCAAUCCUUUCAGUGAAGAGUUUGAUUAUGAGCUGGCCAUGUCCACCCGCCUACACAAAGGUGAUGAGGGCUAUGGCCGCCCCAAGGAAGGAACCAAAACCGCUGAAAGGGCCAGGCGCGCUGAGGAGCACAUCUACAGGGAAAUCAUGGACAUGUGCUUCAUUAUCCGCACGAUGGCUCGCCACAGACGAGAUGGCAAGAUCCAGGUUACAUUUGGAGAUCUCUUUGACAGAUAUGUUCGUAUUUCAGAUAAAGUAGUGGGCAUUCUCAUGCGUGCCAGGAAGCAUGGACUGGUAGACUUUGAAGGAGAGAUGCUAUGGCAAGGCCGAGAUGACCAUGUUGUGAUUACGCUACUCAAAUGAACUUUCAGAAACAAAAGCCAAAUUUGGCCCACUGUUGUCUUAAUGCUAAAUGCUCAUGUAUGUAAAAAGAAAAUGCAAACUCUCUGUAAUAAGUUAGUAAAUAUUAAACAAUUUUUACAUAA